AUGUUUGUGCAGCGCAUGGAUGUUUGGAACCCAUUCCACGUCGCCGAAGACCUGAUCACAACCCUCCUCUCAUUGCUUAUUGUCGGCGAGGCGGUACCUCAACUGACGCAUCACCGUAUCCAGAUGGCGUUUCUCGACAACCUGGGGCUCGAGGGACGGUUUGAGGGUGUUUGGGAGAGAAUGGGCGCCUUGCCGCCAAGAAGAACGAGACAUGAACCCUUUGACGAUGGAGUGUGUUUGAACGCCGCCAUUCAUGGCAUGUAUGGCCGUACUUCACUCCUCUCGGCCAGUGGGCUCAGUCAAGCGUAUGGAUGCGCAUCGACAAUCUCAUGGGCGGCGUCGCAUUAUUAUCGGCACCUGUUUGGUCUCGCCCCAACAACCCUUAAUAAUACUGGAGCAAUCAAUAUCCUCUACCUCUCACGCGCGCGCCUACGCCAUAACUUGAAGGAUAUGAGUGAUUGGCAGGAAUACCGCGAGCUCGAGAACGAAGACGAGAUGCUUAGUCGCUGGCGCCGGGGAUUGCGCGAGAUGUGCGACGACUGCUUCGUCGACGCCAACGCACACCCUGAGAUAUGGACAAUGUCCAGUGAGGGUAAACGGGAGGUGCGAUUCGCCGCUAUCGAUCCCACCGCGUACUCUCUCGAAACGCAGGUGCAGCUCGCGGGUCAUGCGACUUUGAUUGUUGGCCAGCACGGUGGCGCACUCGGUCUCUCCCUCUUCCUUCCCCCCGGUCGGGGCGCCGUGUUGGAAUUCACCGUCCCCAUGGUCUCUGGGAAUAACCACUUCCAGCACAUGGCCGUGCAGAUGGGGCACAAGUACCGACAUCGCGUGAUUCAUGCGCGCGUCGGCGUCGAGCGCGCGUGGACUGACCUGAGGGAGAUGGUUGAGGAGAUCAUGCUUCCCAAAGCCGGUUCAGUGGGAGACGUUGGGCCGUGA